AUGGGCCUGGAGACAGCCGAGGUCGACAAUGCCAAGGAGCCCAAAACGGAGGAUGACAUGCUGAAGUCCCUCUUUGCUGGGGUGGGUAGCCUUAGCCCGGUGUCCCAGCUGAGCGCCGGUGUAGCUGAGACGGGACCUGCCGAAAUGGCAGAACCUGCCGGGCAACUGCCAGGACAAGUGGAUGAUGGUCUGCUUCAUAUCAACAACAAGACCACCUUCCACGAAACAGAGUCGGGCAGUACCAGGUUGAACUUGAGGCGCCCGUCUGGCGAUUACCAGUGUCCUCCGGCCUCAUCCUUGACCGGCACGAGCCGUGCCGAGCAUGCCGCUGAGAUCGCGGCGGCCACCGCUACUGCGGCAGCGCACCGGCGCGCCGAUGCAGAGCUGGUUCCGGCGCAGCUCGCCCUGAAGAGUGGUGCGCAUGAAAGGAUUAGCUCCUUGAGGAGGACUGCGCAUCAUGCCGAGGUCGAAGAGAUUCGGCGUGGAAAGGCCCUGGCUGUCAUGCGCAACUGGGCGGCGAUGCAGCACGGCCGUCAUGAGCUCCGGAGUAUUUCGCACCUUCAGCCUGGGCGUGGUUCAAGAAAGCAUGUCCCGGACCCGGAGGAGAUCCUGGCAAAGCGAUCGUCUCCCACCUGCUUGAUUGUUAUCGGGGGAGAAAUCCCCGCGUCAAAGUGCGGACCGAAGCUCAUGUUGGCCGAGCGACGAGCGCUGUUGCAGCAGCAUCCAGAUGCCCGAAAGAUUGCCGCGGUGCUCCUCGGCAGCCCUCCGGCAGACUUUCGAGAGUGGGUGAAGACGCGGCAAAGGGCCGACAUUGAAACCAAGAAGGUGCUUGCCGAAGAGCUGCCAGACGAGGUGGUUGCAACAGCGGCGGAGAACCUGGGGGGCGAAUUAAGUGACUGGCAGCGUAGUUGGUGCACCGAGGAGGUGGUUUCCAUAUUUCUUCGUGGCCGUCAUGGAGAUGUGGCUGCGGCAGCACAGAUAUUGGCGCAGGCCCUGUUUUGGCGCGAGCAGUACCAGGACAUUCUUACCGGAAGGCGUGCGCCGAAGUGGCAAGGCGAUCUUCGUAUUCUGGCCCAGGGCCAGCGUGGGCAUCCGUUGCUUUACUUGUGCUGCAGGCAUCAGACAUGCAGCUUUAGCGUCUCCGACACCUUGGACCAUGUCGCUUGUGUUCUGGAGACUGCCGUGCAGAAAAUGCCUGCCGGGGUGCAGCAGGUGGAUGCCGUGAUCGACUGUCAUGGCUUCUGCCUUUGGUACAAUAUGGACCCUAGAAUUGUGAUUGGGAUUGCCGAGCUUCUCCGGCAGCCCUAUCGGGAUCGCUUGCGACUAGUGAUGAUGGUGGAUGCGCCAUUGGGCCUGCAGCCUGUGUGGAACGUUAUAUAUCCUUUGCUGCCAGCAGCGACGAAGAAGAAGGUUCGCUUCCUAUCUGCGAAAAAAGCAGUUGAUGCCGUCGAGGAGCUGCAAGGAAGCAGCUCUGCGGGGAUCCUGCGGCAUGUCAUGGACGUGAACCGUGACCCGCUUGGGCCGGGUGCUGUCCCAAAGAUGCUGCCCUGUGAUGUGGGGCAGCGGACAGCGGUGGACAAGCCGGGCCCAGUCCAGUCUUAUCAGGACACUGUUCGUGCACUGCCGCCGCCUCCUCGUGGCUUCUGCCCCUGUCGCUCGCGCAGAUCUUGCUGA